GUCUUGUAAAAUUCUCGAGUAUUGUAGCAGUCAACGCUCACAGUUUUAAACAAUCAAUCAAUUAAAUAUUGUUUGUAUAUUUGAAUUUAUUAAAAUAAAAUUUCAUCUCGAGAUGUCAUGGUUGUCGACCAUAAACACGAACGGCGUUCAUUCAUUUACAAACUCAAUGGUGAAGGUACAGACGCACGCAGCGCCGCCUCAGUGAAACUUGGACCGCAGAGGAAAACGUUUCGGGCCGAUCAGGUUGAUUUUAGAUCGAGCAGCAAGUAGUCGCAAAGAAGUUUUUCGUGUGACGCAGUCGCGUACGCGCGUAAAAGUGUGUAUGCAUCGUGAUCCGCGCGUACAACCAAAAGAAACUGAAUAUGUUUCCUCGCGGCCAGUGCGGGAAACUUGGAGCGAUCAAAAUGUUAAGGAAAUAAUCGUGUCGCGCAAGUGUCUCUCGCUGGUAGAGAAGACAGACCGUGUGCUCAAAGUUUCAUUCUCUCUCUCUGUUCCUCUCACCAGCUCCCUUCCCUCUCUUCAUCCCGGUUGUGGCCUUCUCUUCUCCCGCCGCUCUUCUCUGGGUCCGUUCGUCGCACCGGGACGACGUUUACCGUGCGUCACGGGAAACGGCAUUGGGAGGAGACAGAAGGUGACAGUCCUCCCGCGGAAUUUAUGGUGCGCACGAGAGAAACGGUGAAGUGAGUAGUGUCAGAGUGUGGAGUGAGUGCGAUCAACUGGCACCAGGUGCCAGUUUUCGGCGAGAGAGAAAAUCAAAAUAGAGGAAAAGCUAAAGAGGGCUCGCUAUCAUUCCGGCCAAUAUAGGCGGAAAGAGAGGAAAAAUGCCGGGCCUAAUCGCCGUGAGCGAGUUCGUCGAGGAGACGAGAGAGGAUUACAAUUCGCCUACAACGUCCACUUUCGUUUCGCGGAUGCCACAAUGCAGACAAACGAUAACGUCCCUCGAAGAGACUCUGGACUUCGACAGAGAUGGCCUGACGAAGCUGAAGAAAGCGAUCAAAGCUAUUCACAACUCUGGAAACGCGCACGUCGAUAAUGAAGUAUACCUUGGAAGGGCGCUGGAAAGGCUGGGAGAUGCCGCCUUGAAAGAACAGGAACCGGAUAUCGGUGCUGCGUUCUUGAAGUUCGCGGUCGUCACAAAGGAACUGAGUGCUCUGAUGAAGACUUUGAUGCAGAACAUCAACAACAUCGUGAUGUUCCCUCUGGACUCCGUGCUGAAGGGAGACCUGAGAGGUGUGAAAGGUGACUUGAAGAGGCCGUUUGAGAAGGCGUGGAAGGAUUACGAGGCUAAAUACGCGAAAAUCGAGAAGGAGAAGAAACAACACGCGAAAGAGGCUGGCCUCAUUCGGACGGAAAUCACGCCCGCCGAGAUUGCUGAUGAGAUGGAGAAGGAGAGAAGAUUGUUUCAAUUGCAAAUGUGCGAGUACCUCAUAAAAGUAAAUGAAAUUAAGACGAAGAAAGGAAUUGAAUUGCUUCAGCAUCUAGUCGAGUAUUAUCACGCACAAACCAAUUAUUUUCAAGACGGCCUAAAAACUAUUGAACAUUUUGGUUCAUACGUGGCGGAUCUCAGCGUGAAAUUACAAAAAAUUAGGCAAACACAAGACGAAGAAAGAAGACGUUUAACGGAACUCAGAAAUCUGUUGAGAAGCUCAGGUUGCGAUAAAGAGUUAAAUGUAAACGCGAAUGCAGGCUAUUCGCUUCACCAGUUACAAGGGGAUAAACAGCAUGGUGUUACUCGAUCAGGGCAUCUGUUAAAAAAAAGCGAGGGAAAAAUGAGGAGAGUAUGGCAGAAACGGAGGUGCGCAGUUCAAGCAGAAGGUUAUCUAGAUAUCUGUCACGCGGAUGAAAAUAAACCACCUACUCGGGUGAAUCUGUUGACCUGUCAAAUCAAGCUAGUUCCAGAUGACAAACGGGGCUUUGAUCUCAUUAGUUACAACAGAACCUACCACUUCCAAGCAGAAGACGAAGCAGACCAACGAGCGUGGAUGUCUGUUUUGGUCAACUGUAAGGAACGUGCGCUGCUCCGAGCAUUUGACGCCAGCGGAAAAGCGGAAGCUGGGAGCGGAAAUCCAAGUUUAGUCGAACUUCAACAGGCUGUAAUUCGUUGUGUCAUGAGGUUACCCGGAAACGAUCAGUGCUGUGAUUGCUCCUCGCAAAAUGAUGCCACGUGGCUUUCUACGAAUUUCGGUAUAAUCGUGUGCAUAGAAUGUAGUGGAAUUCAUCGAGAUUUGGGAGUGCACAUAUCGCGAAUACAAUCCUUGACAUUGGACAAUGUGGGUACUGCUCAGCUACUUCUUGCACGGAACAUGACUAACCAAGCGUUUAACGAAGUAAUGGAAGCAACGUUACAUCAUAAUCACAAACCAACGCCUACGUCAACGAUGGAAGAAAGAUACGACUUUAUAAGGGCAAAAUACGUGGAUAAAAGAUACGUGAUGAAUACAUGCGCGGAUGAACGGGAUCUCCUCUCUGAUUUAGAGCACGCUGUUAAUAAUCGUGAUUUGCAGCAACUUCUGCAAGUUUAUGCUGAAAACGUGGAUCUGGCAGCACCUUUGCCGACAUCGGACGUAGGCGAAACGGCGUUACAUUUAGCUAUUUUGCGAGAAAUGGGAAACAGUUUGCACAUCGUCGAUUUUCUUGUGCAAAAUAUGUCGACAGGUGGUAUAGACAGAACUACCAUUGAUGGUGAAACAGCGUUACAUCUUUGUGCGAGGCACGACAGGGCAGAAGCAAUGAAAUUAUUACUACGGGCAGGUGCUGACCCAACACAUCGAAAUAAGCAAGAUAAAACACCGUUGGACAUUGCACAAGAAAUGGGUCAUCAUACUUGUAAAGAACUGUUAAGUCACGCUUUACAAAGACAAAAAACAUUGUUCGACAACGUGAACAUCGACUGGAAUCUUUCGCACGAUGAAGGCUCUACCGAUUUCUCUGACGAUGAAACAAUAAUAGAGGACAGGAACGGAUGCUUAACACCCGAGAAAAAAUCUCGUAGUAGACCACCUUCGUAUGUUGGUGGCGGUGGUAGUGGUGGUGGUGCUGGGUCAGGAGACUCACCAGUGACAUUACGCAGUCGAAGUAGCACUUGUGACAGCUUGCAAAGUGGUUCUUCACCGAGUUCCUCAACGAAUAGACAACAGAUGCCUCCACCACCACCUCCGCAGUCGAGGAAACCUGUUGCUGUACCUGCACCCAUGGCGCCAGAUAUUUCAGUCAAUAUGCACGGGUCAUUGAAGAAACGCGUAGCACCUCCACCACCACCGGCCGGAAGUACAGGUGGUAUAUCCUCCUCUCAUUAUGGUACACUACCUUCGUCCGCGUCCUUAGCAGCGUCAACGCAUAGCCGUACAACGAGUGAACCGAUCUUAGCUGGGCAUUCUUUACACACUCUACCACAUGCGUUAAAUACAUUAAACAGUCAACAUCAUAAAAGAUCGCCCAGUGGAGAUUCUUCAACGGGACACGGCACAGACAAGGUGAACAGUUCAACGCUCCAGAGACCAAGGAAUCCACCGCCACCUGCUCCAUCGGGUAUCAACUCAUCCAGACUGAGCAAUGGACGUAGCAGCGAGUCGUUAAGUUCCAUGUGCUCGGAUCACGGCCUGGGUAAUCCUAUCCCACCUCCACGCAAGCGAAGGGACCGGUCCAGGCUAGAGAGCUACGCCGAGGAGCCUUCAUCUUUGCUCCCAAAUCUGAAUCUGCCAACCUCUUCGAUGUUGACCGGGUUACGACGUUGUAAAGCGUUGUACGACUGCGAGGCAGACAACGAGGACGAAUUGUCCUUUCGUGAAGGCGAAGUUAUCAUCGUGACGAACGAACAGACCGACGAUGACAAUUGGAUGGAAGGUGCACUCGAAAGGGCCCCGGAACGAAGAGGAAUGUUCCCGAUCAGUUUCGUUCACAUGUUACAUGAUUAACAUUCGAUCGAUGUUCUCAUGUAGAUCGAUCCAGACAAGCCGAGAUCGAAGACUGGAGACGAUUCGCGGUUCGAUGUUUCAGGGCCGAUGCUAAACAAUAAAUGUGAUAUAAGAUAUAUUUCAGUAUAAAUUAAAUUAGCAUUACGGAUCGGAUUUAAACUAACAAAUUUCUCUACGCUGAAGCUAUGAUACUGUUGUAACACGUGCUUUCUCGUAGUCGAACAUACGAUGUUAACACCUUGACGGUUAUUCUUAUGUGUCCAUUAUAACAUUUCAUAAUAAGUAUUUAUUUCUUUUCUAUCAGGUAUUAAUUACAAUUUAAAAUUUAAUAUAAUAAUUUUACUACGGAUGUUAGAUUUUGACAUGUUAACAUAUUAUUUUAAUUAUAAAUAUUUGACGUUUACAAUUCUAAUACAUUGGUGAUCAAGGUAUUUAAUUUUGUAAAUUAAAGUGGCACUGUGUAAGAAAAUAUUUAUAUUAAAAAAUUAAUUUCUUGUACUUCUUGCACUGUCAAUAAUGUAGAAGUCAAAUUGAAAUUUUUGAUUCAAGAAUUGAUUAUGCUCUACUUGGAUUAUGUUUAACUUAACGAUAAGUGUUAAAAUUGUAUUUAAGUCUGUAUAUAACCGUCAAGGUGUUAAUCAUCAAAGUAUUGUCCAUCGUGAAUAUCACGGUAAUUCGUUUGUAACGAGUUACAGCGGAUACUGGUUUAUCUUGCUGCUAGAGUGUAUCGAUUCUACUACGUAGAAUAAGUUAAUCGAAUUAUAUGCACAAUUUCGAGGAUACAGGAUGAACAAACUCGCGAGUAUGAAUGAGUGUGAGCAUACGCGUGCGUGUGUGUUAUAUAUACGUUUCCGUAUACGCGUGAGAUGAGAGUAAUGAAAGAUGAAUAAUUCAGUCUCUGAUUUGUCGCAUGUCCUUCAGAAUAAUCUGGCGCACAUUUCUUUUCUGUACUGCCAACGCUGAGUAUACUCUAUACAUGUUUCUCGCCGAUUUCUGGCGAAAGAAGUGAAAAAUAAUAGGAGUUCUCGUGAUAAGAUAUAAAUCUAUAGCAUACAAAUUUGUUGCGUAUUAAAUGCUGCGUUUUGGAACAUCUGACGUGUUUUUAUAACCUGGAAGUAUCAAUUGUCAAUCUCUAACUUAAAACUUGGAGAAAAUUAUUAUAUAAACCCUCCAUUAAUAUUAUUAAUUUUUAAUAGAAAAUGGUUGACUAAUUUUUACACAUAUCAAUUGUAAUAUGAUUUUAUAACAUAAAAAUAUCACUAAACACCACAUGUGAUAUGUCAAUUUGAAGAUUAAAGUUCCAAGAAAAUAACUAUGCAAACUUUUCCAUAAUUUCUUUAAUACAAAAUGGCUGACUGCUAACUAUAACGGGCAGUGAAUUUUCAUCUAAUCUGCUAUAAGUCCUUAUGUUACCAAAUCACGUCAGAUAUUUCUAAAUUCAUCAUCCAGUACGCAGCAAUCUAAUAAAAAAAUGGUCCUCAUAAGGACAUACAAUGUGAGACAUUAAAUAUUGCAUGACACCGAUAGUAUUAUUAGCGUAUUCGACUUCUAAGCAUCACCGUCGUUACGAGCGUAUGUACAUUUUUGUAAUGCCAUAUUAUUUGUUAGUAUGUAUAUAUCAUUGUAUACAUAUGUCUAUGUACAUGUGUAUAUAAGUGCAUAUAUAGGUUGUGUCGAAAAAUAUGUACGCCAUGAAAACUGUUCACAAGAGUGACAAAAGAAAUCGAAAAUAUUUAAACUCUUCCGCUAGGACCUGCUUAAUUACCAUAGCUUAGAAAUAUAAUAUACUAACACAGUUUUAUAAUUUUUACAUAUUUAAUGUUUCUUACUUAAAAAAAAAAGUUUCUGUUGGGAAAAAGUGAAGGGAAUAAUAUUAAUAUAGUAUCUUGUCUUAUAUUCCAUCUUAUGUUACAUUUCAAGACAAGAUUCAAUUUCGCGCGUGCGCCCGGCGCAUGCGCAGUACUCAACGCAAUAACACUGACACUGGUAAAGGACUUUUCGAUUUCUUUUGAAUUUACAGCAAUUUUUGUGGUGCACAUUUUUGUUCAAAACAUCUUGUAUAUAUGUACAUGUACAUACAUGUAUACAUAUUGUGAAAUAGAAUUAUAAAGUUAAAAAUUUAUUAGUCAUUAAGUAUAUAUAUACAUAUGUAUGUAUGUAUAUGUAUACUUAACAAAGAAAAGAAUAUAAGGACGGAGUAUAGAGGUAUGCGUGUUGCGACUAAAUGAGAUUUAUGCGCCGGAAGCGAAUUAAAGUUUAUAUUAUUAUUUUACUUGUAUACACAAGACCAAAGAGGCGUUUUUACCAGCGAAAAGAAGCUCAAUCUAAUAUAAUUUGUCUACGUGAUUAUAAAUUUACCAUUCGUUUUAUGUAUUUUUUCACGUUGACUGUGCUUGUUUCAUUUUAUUUAAAAAUAUUUGCAGGUACUUCACCAAAUAUGUUAUUUAACUGCUAUUAAGGGAGUGACUUAACAUUCAAUUUAUCUUCCAAACAAUUUUAUUUGAAAGGUUUUAUUUUCCUAAAACAUAAAAGUGUUAAUUUUAAAAUGAACUUCAUAAAAUGAAGUUUGAAAUGAAUUUCAUAAUAAAAUCAUACAAGAAAAUAUAGGUUUGUAGGCCCAGUAGUAAAAUUGACAAAACUACAAGAAAGUUAAUUUUGAUAAAUUGAAAAUAGAGUUUUAAUUUUUUCUAACUGCAGCUCCCUUAAAAGCAGAACGCGAUUCGGUGCAACAUUGUCAGAUAAAUAGUCAAGUCGCUGUGUAAUGCCAAUCUGUAAUAUAAAAAGAAACAGCGGUGAAGAAUAA